CUUCAACCUGUAGUGCGUGCUUCCGGCCGAUAGAAACUCUGGAGUAUCUACAAACACCAAGAUUUUUCCCGAUGGACAUAGUGAGGGAUUCCAGCUUGGGGCUUGCCAUCUCGAACUUAGUGGUCAAUGCUUACACUUCCAAGUGCCCCAGGACCGGAAAGCCUUCCAUCAGAAGCAACGGUGUUGAGGAGUGGACCAUUCUUGCAGGUGUGGUUGCCAUAAUGCCUCAGCAGGCACACACAUCAUCUGAACCUCUACAGCUUGUGAGUUUGGCUACGGGCUCUAAGGCUGUUCCUGACUCUAUGAGACCAUACUCUAAAGGAAGGAUGGUACACGACCUCCAUAGCGAGAUGCUAGCCUUGCGGGCUUUGAACUACCACUUGCUUCAUGAAUGCGUAAAACUCAAGCUCGGCAGAACCUCCUCUUUAGUCGAGACAAAUCCAGAUUCUGUAACGAAUAAAGCGUUUCGGAUCAAGGAGGGCAUGAGGUUUGCCUUGUUCAUAACAGAACCACCAUGUGGUGACGCCAGCAUGGGGUACUUGGCUCAGAGCGAAAAGUUUGAUGGAAUGAAAAAAACUGAGAGGGAUGAAAGAGUAAAAGGGUUGCUGAGUGUUAGCUAUCUGACUAACCCUACUUCCAAAAGCAACUCCACUGAAGCUUCUCCAACAGUUUAUGAGAAUGAACCACCUCUCAAAAGAGCCAAGAUGUCUGUGCCUGGCGUCGUGAGAGGCCGAGAUGGAUAUUAUCAUCUAGGCACUGUACGAACCAAACCAGGCCGUGCAGACUCGCCCAUUUCUCUAUCCAAGUCGUGUCUGGAUAAACUAACCCUCAAGCAGUUUACCAGUUUUCUCAAUUGUAUCAACUCGCUGAUCCUCUCGAGCGACAGAGCUCAUUUGAGCUAUUUGGUGUUGGCAGAGGAUAAGUUUACCGAAGUUGACAUGACUAGAUGUUUUAGAGAGAGAUUUGAGGCGGAUUGCACGCCAUUCUCCCUUCUCACUUACAAGGACUCCGGCACUUUUCCCCACGGAAAACCGGAUAUCAACGGCCCAAAAAUGGUUCCGUCUCCUUUAUCUCUUGUCUAUAUCCCCUCUACAGAUCUUGUAGAGGUACUUAACGGUGGAGUGAAGCAGGGGUGUAAUCUUAACGCAAACAAAACUAUGAAGUUGUUUACGCAGACCGGCUGUGGAGUGAAACGAGGAGGAGAGAGUGCAUUGAGUAACUAUAGAAUGUUUAGUGAAGCGGUAUCGAGGGGCUUGAUUUCUCUGGGUGGGUCGUACAAUGGGUGGAAAAAGUCCCAUACACAGAGAGAAGAGUUGAAGAAGCGAUCGAGAGGAUACUUGGGAGAGUGGGUAGCAACCCAAGUUGAUGAUUUUGUCGUUGUUUGAACGGUGUUAAAAGCACCAACAGUUUUUUUUAUUUAAUGCACCAUCUUGGCCAUUCUGAAUCCUUGAAUGUGCCUUGGAUCACAGUCAGCAUGGUUGCAAGCUCAGCUGUAUGUUAAUGGGAGGCCGCCAUAGAACUAGGUUGCGGCUCGCAGAAAAUGGCAUUACCAUAUCUUCAGAGUAGACUUGUAUAUAUUAAC